GUUUAUACAGGGUCUAGGAUAGACCUGGACAGUGACAAGUAAACAGGAAAAAUAUGCUAACAAUACUUUUACUUCUUUUUCUUAAAACAGUACUCGGAGAUGAAAGGCUGGUGGAAGGUACAGUCAAGAUAAAUGUGAGGAAUGCUAGAUCUCUGAUGAAUGAUCCUUUGCUCCAUCUAGCGACAGAAAAUCAAAUUGUUCUUAAACAACUAGAUGGAACUUAUAAAAUGGCGUACAGGCACGGGGACGGAUUCAGGGCAGAAAUCCGUGGGGCAGCUGGGGGAGUAAAGGGAGUGUAUUCAAGCCAGGGAGAGCAGGGAGAGGAUGUUUUAAAUCCGUAUAUUAGUGAUGAGAGUGGAUAUAGAUUGACGAACUUAAGUUCUCUUGGGCUCAACCUACCUGCCCUUCCCUACUCUCUGCAGCCUAAAGCCGGUCAGCGCAAAUUCCCUAAGGAGGAAGAGGAGAUACAGAAGAAGGAGAAGGUUGAGGAGAAGAUGGAGGAGAAAGAGGAGGUUGAGGAGAAGAUGGAGGAGAAAGAGGAGGUUGAGGAGAAGGAGGAGAAGUUGAAGGAGAAGGAGGAGGAAGAGAAGGAGGACACAAAGGAGAAAGAAGAGGAGAAGAAAGAGUUAAAUAUGGGACAAAACGUGAGACCUAAUCAUCAAAACCGAUUUGAGCAAGUUCUACUUUUUCCUUUCGGCCGUCUACAUGAGGAUAUUUCGGCGAUAGUGGUUGAACCAGCCGUUUACAAGGAUGGAUACUUACUCAGGAAUACUCAGUAUGACAGAUUUCCGCAGGAAUGGGAGGAGAAGGGAGGUGUUUAUGGAGCUCUGGCCCCUGGAAUCCCGGGAUCUCAGGAAAAUAUCUAGAACAAAUAAUUCCUUGUCUAAAAGGCUG